UUUACAAAAAUUAAUCAAAUAAGCCAUUUCAAUUUUCUUGAUUGUAAGCUAAUUUUUCAUGGCCUCUUUUCACCAUAGAUGGAGCUUGACAAUGUUCUUGGUGGUUGCAACACUAGCAAUCAUCGAUCGAGUAAAUGGCGCGGGCUAUGGUGACACCCCUAGUGGCUUUCAAGCAACACCUUGGCAACUCUCUCAUGCUACGUUCUAUGGUGAUGAGAGUGCUUCAGCUACAAUGGGGGGAGCUUGUGGAUUUGGAAAUUUGGUCACAUCAGGUUAUGGAACAGAUACAGCAGCAUUGAGCUCAGUAUUAUACAACAAGGGAUUUGCAUGUGGACAAUGUUUCCAAAUAAAAUGUGUGCAGUCAGAUUCUUGCUACUCAACAAUUGUAACAGUGACAGCAACAAAUCUUUGUCCACCAAAUCCUGCACAAGAUAGUAACAAUGGUGGUUGGUGUAAUCCACCUAGAACACAUUUUGAUAUGGCUAAACCUGCUUUUAUGAAAAUUGCUCAAUGGAAGGCUGGAAUUGUCCCUGUUUCUUAUAGAAGGGUACCUUGUGUUAAAAAAGGUGGAAUAAAGUUUAGUCUUCAAGGAAAUGGGUAUUGGUUAUUGGUAUAUGUGAUGAAUGUUGGUGGAAGUGGAGAUAUUGCAAGUAUGUGGGUGAAGGGAAGUAAAACAAGUUGGUUAGCUAUGAGCCAUAAUUGGGGAGCUUCAUAUCAAGCAUUUGCAACUCUAAGUGGACAAACACUUUCUUUUAAGAUCACUUCUUACACAUCUCAUGAAACAAUUAUAGCUACUAAUGUUGCACCUUCUAGUUGGCAAGUAGGAAUGACUUAUCAAGCCAAUGUCAACUUCAAAUAAUCAUCAUGUAGUCCUAUGUUUUUUUUUUGGACUUCACAAGCAAUUAUUCUUGAUUUUUUUUUCUCAAUAUUAUUUCUCGAGUUUUAUUUUGCGAUUUGAUCUUGUAAUAGUUGAUACUAUGUAAGAACAAAUGAUUCAUAUAGCCGAUCUCAAAAUAUAGUUUUUCUCAAUUCAUAUAUAAGACUACACAUUGAUGAGAAUACAAGAAACAAAUAUUGAAUUUGUUGGGAAGUAGAAAGAAACUAUAUGUUAUUAUGAAGCAAUUAUAUAAUUAAAAGAGUACAAGCAAAAUUCAUGGAAGUUAUAUCAUACUAGGACUUAUAUU